AUGAAUAUGAGUGUGAUUCCAAUAAUGUUGUACAACAUCUGUUAUUUGAUUCAACUCAUCGUAAGAAUCUUGAUAGUAGUGAUUUCAACUGAUCUCAGCACUUCUAAUGGAACUUAUUCUCAAAGUAGAGUGUCUGUGUAUGCAGCCAGCACUCAGAUUCUACUGGUUGUGAGUAUAACGAUUAGAUUUUUAUUCAGUUACUACAAGUCUAUCAAACAUAGAAGAAAUGAUUAUUUAGCAAAAUAUUCAAUCGAAUAAGAUAAUGUGGCUGCCCAAGACAUAUUGAGCAUACUGGUGCCUAGAUUUGUGAGAUAACAAAUUUAGACAGGAAUAUUUGCAAUGUAAUAAGCUUAGGAUGAUGUUUCAAUAUUGUUCGCUUACAUUUGUGAUUUUGACACAAUUAUGAAGGAAGAAGGCAAAAAUGUAGUAUUGAUGUUGGACUCAUUGUUUAGACUAUAUGAUAAUUUGUGUAUUCAACAUGGAGUGCAGAAGAUUGAAACCGUUGGAUACACAUACAUGGCUGCCACAGGAAUUAAGGCAUGUGAAUAAAACAUGACAGCUCAUGUGACCAGGAUAGAGAAGACUAUGAGAUUAGUUAAUAUGGCAUUUGAUAUGAUGUAAUAAGUGCAAGGGAGAAAGUAUGGAAAGGGUAAUCAAAUUGAGAUGAAAAUUGGAAUACCAUGUAGGUCGUGUGCAUUGCAAGGUGUGAUAGGUCAUCAUAAACCACAAUUUUCUUUGAUAGGACGAAUCCAUGUCAAUUAGACGAGUCGAGUGGGGUCUACUGGAGACACAGGAGCCAUAACAUUGAGUGAACAGGCUUUUAAAUAGGCAAGACAUGGGAUCAAGUACUAUUAGAAGAAAUAGAAGGAAGCCAAAGGGUUAGGAAUCAUAGACACUUAUUAAGUGUUCAAGACUAAACCAAUUGGUUAUUAAAUACCAAAGGCAUUUCAAUUAUGGUAGAACUGCACUAAGCUUGUUGUAAAAGAGUUAAGGUAACAGGGAAGUUCUAAAACAAAAAAAUAAAGAUAGUUCCUAUCAUAAUUACACAACUCAAUAUAUCAGGAUAACUUGAAAUAGUAGAGCAGACUAGAAAUAUCUCCUAAAGGGCCAUACCCUGUUCAAGGGCAAUAAGGGUCCGUUCAUGAAGAUAAUAGAUCAAGAUUAACAUUACCAGCAUAACCUGCUGAAUAAGUGCCAACUGAAGAUUCAGUAUUGAUAACAAAUGAAUAAGACGAGAGAGAGUUGGACUUGGAAUUGAUUAAACCAAAUCUUAUUCUUGACAUACCAGAGAAUGAAAUAAAAUCCAAUUUCAAUCAAAUUGUUAAGGAACAAAAUGUAGAUGAAUCUAGAGUGGGUAUGAUAUUUUUGUGGAUCACUUAUUUCGUUAUUACUCUGUUAUCAAUAAUCGUUCGUAAAUUGUUUGAUCAUGAUUUGUUGAUCUUCGUAUUGAGAGCUAUUUUCCUGAUUGUGUCAUUAGUUCUAUUUCCAAUCCUAUCCAAGGCUUAUAGAAAUAGAGUAGUUAACACCAUGUACUACAUCUUGCUUAUAUAUGCUAUCUUCACUGUGCUUUUCUAGGCUUAUUUAACUGACAAUAGAGAAGUAGCCAUCAUUUGUCUACUAGAAAUACUGUACAUUAUGAUAGUGUCUUGCUAGAUGAAGAUGUUUUCAUUUCUGUAAGUAAUACUGUAUAUGAUGAUCAUGUUUGGAUUGUUCUUAGGGUUCUACAUCUCUUCAGACUUAAUCACUCAUUAUGCAAUCUUCUAUAUUUGUUGUUGCAUGCUGAUCCUAUUAUUGGGAUAUUAUCUGGCAAUGAGUGAACAAAUCCAAAUGUUCAACAAUUUGUAGAUCAAUGAAGAAAAGAAGGUCAAACGAAUUAAUCUUGUCAGUUAACUAUUACCUAUGCACUCCUACCUUAAAAUGAAGAAUAGUAACAUCUACGAUAAGAGUGACUUUAUAGAUGAGUUUGAUGAUGUGACUCUCCUUUUUGCUGACAUUAAAGGAUUCACUGAGUACUCUCAUACUCAGACUCCAGAAGGUGUAGUAGUAAUGUUGAGAAAUCUCUUCACUGAAUUCGAUAAACUUUGUCAAAGAUACAAUGUCUACAAAAUGUACACUAUUGGUGAUUGUUAUGUUGUCAUGGGAUUCACUAAUAGUGCCAAACGAAAUCCUAUUUAAGAAGCCAUUAACACUGUCAAAAUGGGAUUUCAGAUGGUCGAUAUCAUCAUGUCAGUUAGAUAGAAAAUCAAAUUUGAUAAAUUAAAUAUGAGAAUUGGUAUCCACACUGGCUAGGUAACUGGAGGUAUCAUAGGAACUGAUAUUGUACGAUAUGAUAUCUAUGGAAAAGAUGUCUCCGUUGCCAAUAAAAUGGAAAGCAGUGGAGUUGAGGGAAGAGUUCAAGUCUCUGAGACCACUAAGUUAAUGAUAGAAAGAGCUGAAAAACAUGCUUUCAACUUCAAAUUCCACCAUGAUGUUGAGUUGAACAAAUUCAAUAUGAAUAUCAAGGGAUUCCUUGUAGAUUGGGAUAAAACAAGAGAAGAGGCUAGUCUAGAUCCAUAUAGAUCACCAAGUCACCAUAUAUGA